UUUUAACACAAAAAAACUUGUAAAUUAAAUUAAAAUAAUAAUAAAAAUGCAAAUCGCAGCUCCAAAUAUGCUCUACCAAUUCAGCUAAAAAUGUGAGCCGGGAUGCGAAGAGGAUUGCAAUAGCAUCAUCAUCAUCCAUAGCCCCCCCACAGCCACAGAUCUUUAAUCGGCUCUGCUUGACUAAUUUAUUGAGGAAAAAUCUGGGGGAUUAUUACUUCGAUAAUAACUGCAUCCAUCCAUCAUGUUGGAGGCUCCGAGUUAUCUGGUGUCAAGAGAUUUACCAUCUUCAUGUGAAGAAGAGAGCAAGUGGAUCUAUAACGUACACUGCGUGCUUCAACUCUCCCUGAGAAAGCGGUUGUUGGAUGAUGAAGAUGGAGCUUCUGCUAAGAAAAUGUUACGCCUUGAUCAUCGAAGCAGAGAUGAUUCUGACAAGAUUACAGAUACUCUUCUUCAGCUUUCUCAAACCUAUCAGAGUUCUAACCAGAGCCACCAAGGCACUCAACAGAGUCCACCAAUAACUCGGCUUGACCAAAACGCACUUCUCAACUGCUUGGCUCACUGCUCCUUGUCUGAUUUCGGGUCCAUUGCCUCGACCAAUAAAACAUUCCGCUCGCUUAUUAAGGAUAGCGAGCUGUAUAGGCUGAGACGGUCAAAGGGUAUUGUGGAGCAUUGGAUUUACUUUUCUUGUAGGCUUUUGGAAUGGGAAGCUUAUGAUCCAAAUGGAGACCGCUGGUUACGCGUACCCAAAAUGACGUUCAACGAAUGUUUCAUGUGUUCGGAUAAAGAGUCUCUGGCGGUUGGCACCGAGCUUCUUGUUUUCGGUAAAGAAAUCAUGUCCCAUGUGAUUUACCGAUAUAGUAUCUUGACCAAUACAUGGACAUCGGGUAUGCAAAUGAAUGUUCCGAGGUGCUUGUUUGGAUCAGCGAGUUUAGGCGAGAUUGCGGUUAUAGCUGGAGGAUGUGAUCCUCGUGGCCAGAUAUUGAGCUCAGCUGAGCUUUAUAACUCGGAAACCGGGGAAUGGACGGCAAUUCCAAGCAUGAAUAAGGCGAGGAAAAUGUGCUCGAGCGUGUUCAUGGACGGGAAUUUCUAUUGCAUCGGAGGUAUCGGAGAGGGAAACUCGAAGAUGCUGAUGUGCGCUGAAGUCUAUGAUCUGAAGAAGAAGACGUGGACAUUGAUACCUGACAUGUUACCAGAGAGAAACAACGAAGGUGGAGGAGAUAAUGCAAAAGAGACUGCCGCAGCUUCAGAGGCGCCACCUCUUCUAGCAGUUGUAAAAGACCAGCUCUAUGCUGCGAAUUACGCGCAGCAAGAGGUGAGGAAAUACGAUAAAACGCUUAAUGUAUGGAAUAAAGUGGGGAGUUUGCCGGAGAGGGCUUCUUCGAUGAACGGUUGGGGAAUGGCGUUUAGGGCAUGUGGGGAUCAGUUAGUGGUGGUUGGAGGGCCUAGGGCAAUAGGAGGAGGGUUCAUAGAGAUCAAUGCUUGUGUCCCAAACGAAGGAACCGAACUGCAUUGGAGAGUUCUUGCUUCAAAGCCAUCGGGAAACUUUGUGUAUAAUUGUGCGGUGAUGGGAUGUUGAUGAAGAAAAAGACUUGAGAGAGGCACUUUCAAAGUGAUUGACUUCUUUACUAGAGGUUUUUCUUUCUCUUCUUGUUUUUUUUUUUUUUAAACAGUUUCGGUUUUUCUUCUUCUUCUUUUCAUGAUUGGGGUCAAAAGAGAGUCUCUCUGUUUCCUUCUUUGUCGUUGUGGGAUUAUUGUUGUUGUUCAGGCAUAAACUGGAACUGAAAAGUUCCAAUAAAUUUGAAGAAGAUUAAGAACAAGCAUCAUGUUGUCUUGUCUCUCAACAUCUUAUAUUGUAAUUUGGUUCCAUUGUAAGAACUCCUUUUUUUAAUAAAUUUUGAAAGAUACUUCUUUAUUCUC